UUAGCGUACGCUGCUCUGCGCUAUCGCUGCAGCCAAGCCACCGCAGUCCAUCCGUUUUUUAUCUCAGGGGCUGUUCGACCUCAGACCGAUCGACGCCAUACUGCACCAAUCCGGAAAGCGCUUGGGCAAAGAUGGAAACGUUGAAGAAUCGCGGAGCUUAUUGACGAGUCUAAGCGAUCACAGCAGCCAUUGCUUGCUGGAAGCUUGCUUGGAGGCACACAGGAUAAUGUCGCGACCAAUGCGCUGGUCGAAGGCACACGUUGGACGGAGGAAGGAGGUGUUCAAGAAGUGUCGCGAAGGCAGGGGAUUAUGGAUGAGGCUGAAUGCGCUAGCCUCGCGACCUGGCAGCUUUAUACACCGGUGUACUGCGACCCUACGAGAAUUACGAGCAGACGUACUUUGCGAUCGUCCAGAGCUCCACCUCAGCUUCUUUAUCCAGAGCCCGCUCGUACUCAACCGAUUUCGCAUGAGGAGUCAAGAAUUCAGCCGGUCCCUAUGCUUCGUCCUAUCGACUAUGAGCGCUCAGGCUCAGUCGGUCACGAGGGCCACCAAGAUGACCUGCCUCUCGCAAUCUGCGGUCUUUGGAUGUUGAUACAUCGCACAGCCUGAUCGCUGGGCAGAUCGACCACCGAAGAAAACAAACACGAGGGUCGUUGGCACGAUCGCGAACCACAGGCGCGCCGGUGCCCUUCAAGAAGACC